ACAUAAUGUCAUUUAGCGAGUGUUGUGUGUAACAAAGCAAACCAGAACAAGUCGUUCAACUUUUUAUUCUCUGCCAGCUGCUGCAAUUUUUUUCCCAUUACGUAAACAACGCACGUAUUCUUUGAGGGAGGGCGUGGCUUCAUGUUGCAUUUUAAUGCAGCUUCAACGCGGAAGACAAUACGCUCCAAGUUCCUGACUAAAACAUAUCAAGAACUGACAACGUCUAUAGGACAUUACUUUGUCAUCUGAUCAAGCCAAUAAACAAGCUAUGUGGCCAAAUCAAGGUCCUCCUCCCCUUCCAAUGGGUCAACAAAAUCCUGCUUUCCCUCCUGGUCACUGUGCUCCAUAUGUAACUGCCCCUGGACCUGGUAUCUACCCCCACGCUCCACACCCUGCUUACCCUGGAUACCCUGCCGGUCAGUAUCCUGCAGGCCCGUAUCCUGCAAGCCCGUAUCCUGCCGGCCAGUACCCUGCAGGCCACUACUCCACUCCCAUGAACCCAGCCAUGAUUCCCCAUGGACUUACAGGAGUGAUGCCGCAUGGAGCUCUUGGACCUCAUCCAUAUCCCAUGCAUCCUGCAGGACAUCCAUUCCAUCCCAGAGAUGUUCAUCUAGGUCCAAUCCUGCACUCCUCAAAAGAUUUCGGUCACGGCCCCUAUAAAGGUUAUCAUCAUCAUCACCAUGAUGGGUUCAACCCUUCGGCUGGAAUAUUAGCUGGAGGAAUGGCAGUGGGAAUGGGUUUUCUUGGACACAAGGCUAAUAAGAAAAUGAGGAAAAAGAUGAAGAAGGCUCACAAAUAUCACAUGCAUGGUUACUACAAACAUGGCAAGUCAUCCAGCAGCAGCAGUGACUCAGACUGAGGCCUCCAGCUCCAGCCUUCAGAGAACACUUCUUCCAAAAAUGCAACUCACUUAACUAAAAUCACAAAAAGUUACUUUUACUUGCACAAGUACAUUAUGUCAUAGUGUCAUUUACAGUGCAUUUGUGAUAUUUAAAAUACAUGCACGGAAGUUAUUUAAGUUUUGGGUUGGGGUGUAAUGUUAAAGUCAAAGGUUUUGCCAUUUGGAUUUUUAUUCUAUUGCUGUUUUGUUGUUAAUAUAAAUGCAAAAUCACAUGUUAAAAAAUAAAAAAGUAUUUGUCUUUUACUUAAAUUUGUAAAUUAAUGUAUUACAAUAUCUUUGUUAGUACAGUUACAUUAGUAAAUAACUGAUAGGAUACAGAUUACAAAAUAAUUUUAUGUUAUGCAUUAACAAAAUAAACUACUGUGUUUUUUAUUUUUAUUCUAAUAGCAUUUAACACUGAACAUCUCUUUUGUGUUGUUUUUACUUUUUCUAUGGUAUUUACAUUUUCUAUGGUAUUUACUAUUUACUUGAACUGUUUUACAUUUGGUCAUGUUACAACCACAAAGUUCAGUGUGUUUUGUUGUAAUUUUAUGCAAUAGACCAACACAAAGUGUUGGAUAUGUUUAAAGUUGAAUAAAAAUCUGAACUGUG